AUUCAUUGCCGUGACUCAACCGAUAAAGUACUCGAAGCACAAGAACAAUAAGCGUGUCUUCUUGACCAUCGUCUUCGUAUGGCUAGUCUCUGCUGCGAUUGGUUCUCCCAUUGUACUUGGUCUCAAUACAUCUCCAGAAAGGAUACCUAAUCUCUGCGUGUUCUAUAAUUCUGACUUCCUCAUCAUCUCUUCUCUGAGCUCCUUCUACAUACCAUGUAUACUGAUGGUAUAUCUCUACUACAAAAUAUUCAGAGCUAUCCACGAACGAGCAAAGAAAGCGAUAGGACAAAAGAUGCCGACCAGAUCAAAACUUCCAGAAGAUAGAGGACUUGUUAUCGAAAAUGCUUCUCAAAUGGAUUGUAAGGAAUUUACAGGUUCUAGAUCGGAUGACAAUAAAGAACGCCAGAAUCUGAACAAAUUAAUACCUCUGAUAGAAUCAGAAGAAGUCAGUCAAAUGUGCCCUUCAGAGAACGUAGAAGACCUGGAAGAAGACGAAGAAUCGCCGUCUGCUGAUAAAGAAGAGUGCCACGUUAUUACCAACAUAGCAGUAUCUAGUUUUGUAAACGAUGGACCUUAUACUCUCACUGAAACGGGAUUCAGCCGGUCCCAGGUAGGCGACAAAGCAGCAACGCCUGCCUUCAAAGUGAAUGGAUCUAGCAUAGAUGACAAAGGAAAUUUUCGAAACGUAAACAUCUUGACAAUUACAGAGAUUGAAAAGAAAAAUCGAUUCAGGCUUGCUAAAAACCAGAAAAUCAAGAAGAAGAAGAAGAAGAGAGAGAAAAGUGCAGCUAAACGUGAGAGGAAAGCCACUAAAACGUUGGCCAUAGUCUUAGAUUAUUUCACUGAGAGAAAAAAGAAGAAAAGCAAAACGAUAAUUGAAUUAACUAAGCGUUUUCUUGAUAUGCUGGGUGCCAUUCUUCACUUGCAAUAUUCUAGAUGCAAUCUGCAUUAAACUCCAGAGCGAUUCAUGCCGACCCGGUGUGACAGCUUUUCUACUAACGACUUGGUUGGGUUACAUAAACAGCUGUGUUAAUCCUGUCAUUUACACCAUUUUUAACAUGGAAUUCCGUAAAGCAUUCAAAAAACUAUUA